CGUGCCCGGCCAAAUGCAGGAAUUUUAUUUCCUCCAGUGCCUUCACCUCCUUUCUACAUUCUUUGAUAUUUGGCUUCCUUUAGGUGCCAGCGUUUUUCUCUGUCAAUUUUUACCAACAAUAUUCUCAGCCAGAACUCGUGUCUUUCUGCUCCUGGCAUUGGCAUGAUUUCUUUUUUCUGCUUGGUUUUUCUAGUGUGCUUUGGCACCAGAGGCUGUUGUGUUUUCUUGUCCAUUGUCAGUAUAUGUUUUCUGAAUUUCGCUUCCUGUUUGUAUUCCACUUAUAGUCACUUAUGAUUUCUUUGGGCCCUCCCCACAGGUGACAGUUCCUUCUUUCUUCGAACCUGGCUCAUGACCCCACUUCACAUUCCUGAAACUCCAGCAGAAUAUCGCUAUAAUAUGGCCCAUUCUGCAACUCACAGUGUAAUUGAGAAGACUUUCCGAACCCUCUGCUCCCGAUUCCGCUGCCUGGAUGGAUCCAAGGGGGCACUGCAGUACUCACCAGAGAAAUCCAGCCACAUCAUCUUGGCCUGUUGUGUUCUCCACAACAUCUCCCUGGAGCAUGGGAUGGAUGUUUGGUCCUCUCCAAUGACAGGACCCAUGGAACAGCCCCCUGAAGAAGAGUAUGAGAACAUGGAGUCCCUGGACUUAGAGGCUGACCGUAUUCGUCAGGAGUUAAUGCUCACUCAUUUUAGCUAAUGUAGAAGGUGGAGAGGAGGGAGACUUCCCAGGAGUUGUGACAGACUUUCUUCCUCAUCACCUUCUACACAGUUCCAUCAUCUAGCAUGACUGAGUAUUCAGAUACUUGUCAUAAACUGACAUUUAAUCUGUGUGUUUUGGUAAGGUUGGGGCUAUGCCGGAAUGUCUUGAUUCAUUUGCAAAUGCAUUAAACCGAAACCAAGACAGCGGUUA